AUGUCCAUCUCGGCCCUGCUGCCACUGCUGCUGCUGGGGGUGGUGGUGGUGGUGGGAGCCCAGCAGGAGAAGACCGUCUGCGCGGGCAUCAACGGGAUCCCCGGGCAGCACGGGACCCCUGGGGCCCCCGGGAGGGACGGCAGAGACGGCGUUACCGGCGCACCUGGAGCCAAUGGAGACCUCGGGGCUCGAGGCUUGACUGGGUACCCAGGCUGGGUGGGGAGGGUGGGGCUGGGUGGGGGUGGGAGGGGUGGUACGCCGGGUGAAAGAGGCGAGAAAGGCGAGCGGGGAGAGAGCAGCGUGGGGCCCAGGUCGGCCUUCUCUGCGAAGGUCGGCACUUACACGCCGGCGGCCGGCUCCCCCGUGUUGUUCAAUGUCAUCAUCACCAACCCGCAGGGCCACUACAACCCCGGCACGGGGAAAUUCACCUGCGCCCACCCAGGCGUCUACUAUUUCACGCUGUACGCGCACCCCGGUGAACAGCACCUCGUGAUUAUGAUCAUGAAAAACGGGAAGGUCAUCUCUAAGCUGUGUAGUAUAAACUUAGUCACAAUGAGUGGCAGCGUCGUGCUGAGUCUCAAAGCUGGGGACGAGGUGUGGCUGGAGUUGGAGGCUCCGCACAUUAGUUUUUUCAUCAACGUGCACAGAGACGCCGUGUUCAGCGGCUAUAUGCUGUACUCAGAGUGAAUCAUUUUUUUGUCCAUCGGCGCGUCUGGGAAAACAGAUCAGGAACACAUUAACACACACGCGCAUAAAAUAAAAUAAAACAAAUCACGACGUUUCGAUCGUGAUUGUUUUUUUAUUAUAGUUCAUUUCUAACUACGUGACUUUACCGAAAGAACCAAAGAGUAUGGAUUCCUGCAGUCACGAAAGCUUCAAAUCAAGAUUAAUUGGCCACCUUUUGUUUACGUGACAAACCUUUACUGAAUGGGCUAUGUCGGGUUAACGACACUUAUACUGACGCCAUUUUACUCCAAUAUUAAAACACGUUCCUUCGGAGUGGGCAGGUAGGAACUUGGUUGGACAGCGCAUUCGUGCACGACAGACAGACAAAUAAUCCCUGGUGGGCAGUGUGGAACCUGUUGUUCCUACCUGUAUGUAUACAAGAUAACUUGACUUUAGGUAGCCAGGCAGACAGCCCCCUG